CUUAAUUUUAUUCAAAUCAACAAUCAGCAACUAUGUGAUCUUCUGCAGUUCAAAUUCAUUGGAAAGUCAACAAUGCCAUUAACCGCUUACAAUCACAUCAUGGCAGAUCAACCUGACGAACCUAUGGAUCUUAUAGUUCUGCCACCACGAAUAUCGAAGGCACAGAAACAACGUGAGUACAGACAGCGUAUAGCAGCAUCCAGAACUUCUGCACAGGUGAUAGCUGCGAGGAAAUCGGAUGCCAAAAGACAGCGAAACCGCAGACUACGGAAAGCUGCUAACUUGGUUCGUGUCAGUAGUUCAUUAGAAUCGACUACUGCAUUAUCUUCUCAUUCAGGGGCAAGGUCCAACGACGUCCAAACUGGUGCUCAACGACAGCUCACACACCAACAACGUCGAACUUUAGCAGCAGAACCAACACAAAUCACUGUUCAACCAGGUACUUCUUCUGAUCAAAUUGAAGUACAACAGGCACAAUCUACUUGGAAUACCAAAUGGGCAUACUCGAUCGUGAGAUUUAAAUCAACUUUUCUGGACAACGAUUUUGGCUACGCUUGUUCGGUUUGCGACAGAUUGUGGUUCAAGAAUGAACUCAAACCCAUCACUGCGGCACAGCUAGAGGUGAUCUCGAAAUGGUUCAUCAAAGAAAAUCGACUACUGUGCAGAGAAGAAUAUGAAAUGGUUUGCAACACUUGUAAACGUUCACUGAAUAAAAAAUCGAUGCCGCCCCUAGCAAAAGUUAAUGGAUUCUCAUAUCCGGACGAACCACCAGGUUUACCACCGUUGGAUCCCAUC